AUGCCCGAGGUUCUCCACAGACUUGCAGCACCUCCACUUGGAUGGAGAAAUUUCGAGGCCUUUCUGGGGGAAGGCGGCUUUGGCCGCGUUUAUAGUGAUAGUGCCAGGGAACGAUGCCAAGAGGGCCAACGUCGAUCCGUCAAAGAGGUCCGCCUGGAUCCAGAAGCCGCCAGGGAAGCGGAAUUAAUGGACCUCUUUGACCACCGUAAUGUCCUACCGCUCAUCAAGACGUUGGUGGAGCCCCCGUACCUGUACUUCGCCUUGGCAUUGUAUGAGGAGGAUUUUGGGGACCUGCCUCGCCUGAGAGGGUCCGAGGAGGGGCCCCUCGUCCUUCUUUCGGAUGGUCCGCCAGAUCGAUCCGGCUUUGGAGUGGCCGAGCAACUGGCACCGUGCCGACCACUCCUGAACGAGUUGGCUGGCACUCCAAUGUACUGGAGCCCGGAACAACUCCGCCGGGAACCUUACGACACCGCGGUGGACCUGUGGGCCUUAGGACUUGUGGCCAUGGACGUGGGCACGGGCCGGCCGAUAGCCUACUAG